CAGAUUUUCUUGUAUCACCGGUAUUCAGCCUCGGUGUAUGUCCUUUAUUCUCUGUAGCUCCACGUUUUCCAUUAAGAAACACUUUCCUCUUUGGCCUCGAGCUCCUUCAGCAUUCGACUUGAUGUGCACGUUCACGUCCACAUAAAGCCAUGCGUGCUCCAAGCUGUAAUUUGCAGCAAAGUGCCCCGUCAGCACUGCAGUGGAUGUUAGCAAUGCACUAAGUGGAAGCGCUUCACGCCGCCUCUCUUCAGCUAUUUUAAUAGAUAAACCCUUAUCUCAUUUCAGCAGAUGGAUUUCCCUCAUGUCAUAUGCGCCAUAAGCGUGCAGUGUUAUUGGUGCAGUCCUCACACUGACGUCUCUGUUUUGGGCGUGAGUUCAAUAACACGUUAGUUACAAAACAGAUACCUCCAGGUCAGGAGAACUUCUGAAAUGCUCUCAAGCUCAAAUGUUACAUCGGAACCAGAACUGUGAAUAUAUAAUGAGACUUUAACGAUGACUGGCACCACAAGAAGGAACUUGACUCUGAAAGGAUGCUCUCCGGUCUAAGCAUAGCUGUCCUCCUCCUCCUGACCACAUCAAAUGUGCACAGUGCUGGUAGGCCCUGCCUCUGCUCAGCCCUCCUUCCUGCUGGACUAAAAGUCAACUGCAGCUCUUUAAACCUUGCAGAGCUUCCUCAUCUACCCUCAGACACCACAGAGCUCCAUUUGCAGGACAACCAGCUCACCUCAGUGUCUCCAGGCCUGUUUGACCGAUUUGUGGGCCUGAAAAAGGUCUCCGUAUCUGCGAACCCCUUCCACUGUGACUGUAGGAUCCAAUACCUGAGGAGCUGGCUGCUGAAGAACAGGGCUAUUGUUCUAAAACAGCCCGUCUGUUCCAGUCCAAGCUCUGUGGCUCAGAAAGCCAUCGUUGAACUCAGUGAUGGCCACUUUUCCUCCUGCACCCUGCCAAGCUGUGCUGACGGGACAUAUAACACCAUAAUGGGAGUGAUGCUGUGCUGCCUCAUUGUUCUGCUUCUGUGGAGCUUGAGACUAGCCAGAAACUCCACUUUCAUUCUGAGCAUAGAUGGGAGACACUCCGCGUUCGAGGCAGACUCUUUGCGCUCGCUGAGGCCCAAACACAGAAGGCGGCUGGCCGAAGUCAGUGCAGACACGGAUCCUCUCAUUUUUACAGAGGAUGUAGAAGAACCGCUUCUAAACAUGGAGUUACUGCCACAAGUGCUUGACGUGCUACACAAGAAGCACAACAUAAAGAUAAAAGCUACCUGAGGGAGUUCUUUGUCCACAACAGUGGAAUUACACAGACUCUACCAACGGAAGACAGGGGUUAGGGCAAUAAGAAAGCAGCACAACCAAUUUCUUUUAUGGUUUUUUUUCAAUGAAGUUGCUUUUUUUCAUGUUUUACUGCUGCAGCUUUUUUACCGAGACUUAACGCAGAUAUUUAGUUUUCUUACAAUGCAACUAAUUUUAUACAGAGAAUUUUUUACACAUCCAAACGAUGCAGCAGAAACUACUGUAAAAUGAAUUAUCCAAAUUUGUUUUGUGCUUGUCAGUGUACUAAUGGCCUCGCAUUAUUGGGAACUAAUUUACCUUUAAAUUGUAUUUGAGCUUAUUGAGACCCAAUUUAAAAUGUGUGGAUACUCUCUGCAUGGUAUAGACACUACCAUUCAAGAGUUUAGGGUCACUUAGAAAUAUCCUUAUGUUUGAAAGCAUUUUUUUCAAAGAAGAUUAAAUUAAUCAGAAUUAUAGUCUAGACAUUGUUAAUGUGGUUAAUGACUAUUCUAGCUGGAAAUUGCUGAUUUUUAAUGGCAUAAUUAGAUAGGGAUACAGAGGAACAUUUCCAGCAACCAUCACUCUUGUGUUCUGAUGCUAAAUUGUGUUAGCUAAUGGUGUUGAAAGGCUAAGGGAUGAUUUGAAAACCCUUGUGCAAUUAUGUCAGCACAUGAAUAAAAGUGUGAGUUUUCAUGGAAAACAUGAACUUGCCCGGGUGAAACCAUA